AUGGACUACUCGCCGUCGCACCACUCGCGCCCUCGCUCGGUCGCGACAGGCCACACGGGCCAGUCGCGCAGGAGCAGCGUCACCAGCCGCCAGUCGCAGCUCAUCAAGAAGAACACCGGCCCGUACGAGCUGCGCCCGUCCGACAUCCUCAUCGAGCGCUUCUCGGCCUGGAAGCGCCUCGUCAAGAACCUCAUCACGUACUUUGAGGGCAUCGCCGACAUCGAGUCGAACACGGCAAAGGAGCUCACCAAGCUGGGCGGCGUCAUCCAGGUGCCGUUCCGCGAGGGCAACCAGUUCCUCGGCGAGGGCGGCGUCCAGGACAUCUUCUACGGCGUCCGCGAGCGCACUCGCCUCAUUGCCGACCACCACGCCAACCUCGCCAAGACGGUCGAGGGCUCGAUCGUGCAGCACCUGCAGAAGCUCCGCACCGAGCUCAAGGCGCACAUCAAGAACAUCCAGCAGGACACGGGCAAGCUCGCCGCGUCGGUCGCCAAGGAGCGCGAGACGUCGACCAAGAUGAUCACCGACCUGGCGCGCAGCAUCACGAUGCUCAAGAACACGCCCAUGGGCGUCCACGCCAAGGAGGACCCGUGGUUCACCAACUCGCUCGUCGCGCGCCAGCUCCAGAAGCAGGUCCACGAGGAAAACGCCCUCCAGAAGAGCAUCAUCAUCAUGCAGCAGAACUCGGAGCACUUUGAGGAGGGCGUCGUGCGCGCGAUCCAGAUGGCGUGGCAGACCUUUGACGAGUGGAACGCCCGUGCCUCGUCGUCGGUCCAGGAGACGUGGCAGACGAUGGGCGAGCUCAUGCGCUCGGUCGCGCCGACGACCGAGUGGAUCGCGUUCGCGUCGCGGUCCGAGUACCUGCUCGACCCCGAGACGCCCCUGCGCAACCCGCUCACUAUCAACUACCCGGGCAAGGACGACCCGUCGGUGAUCCCGGUCCACCAGGGCAUCCUCGAGCGCAAGAAGCGCUACACCAAGACGUACAAGGAGUCGUUCUACAUCCUCACGCCGGCGGGCUACCUGCACGAGUACCCGUCGUCGGACCUGUCCAAGCACCCGAACCCGGAGCUGUCGCUGUUCCUCCCCGAGUGCACCCUCGGCGCGCCCACCAACCCCCAGUCGCGGUCUCACAAGUUCCACAUUGACGGCAAGAAGAGCAUCGGCGGCGACGUCGGGCAAAAGUCGGGCCUGUUUGCGCUCGACACGAGCUUCACGUUCCGCGCGCGCUCGCACGACGAGAUGCUCGAGUGGUGGAACGACGCCAAGCAGCUGUCCAAGGUGUACCUCACGGCCUCGGAGCCGUUCGACCGCUCGGGCCCGGUCCCGGCCGCCGUGCGCGCCGCGGGCUACAUCUCGGAGGACGAGGACGAGUACGAGACGGACGAGGGCGGCUCGUCGGUCGAGGAGACGUCGGACGGCGAGUACGAGGAGGAGGACGACGAGCACGACCACCGCGCCCACCACCACCACGCCCACCACGCCUCCACGACCUACGCCUCGGCCGGCUCGGCCCCGGCCCUCGGCGCCCCGGUCCGCUCGUCGUCGCAGCACAACGGCGACGGCGCGUCGGCCGCGCCCGCCUACUCGGCCCCGGCCGCCGGCAGCGGCAUCGCGACGGGCGCGAGCGGCUACGCCGUCGAGAAGAAGGGCGGCGCCGGUGGCGCGCCGGGCUCGUCGGGCCCUGCGGCUGCGGCGGCGGGCUCGGGCGGUCCGAGCGGGCAUCACGCGCCGGACUCGAGCGAGGAGGACGAGACGGACGAGGGCGAGGACGAGGAGGAGUCGGACGACGACGAGGACGACCAGACGGCGGCGACGGCGGCGCAGGACAAGCCGUCGUCAGGCCCCAAGGAGCCGACGGUCGAUGGCGAGGAGAAGCCGACGGCGACGGCCCAGUUCAUUGAGCAGCUCGGCGGCAACUCGUCGGACAAGAAGGAGUAGACGAUGCAGCUCGCCCGUCCGCCACGUCUUCUCUCCCCUCUCUCCCUCUUUCCCUCUCUAUCAACAGACCCUUCUCUCUGUCUCUUUUCGCCUAGUCCCUCUCACGAUCUAGCACCGCUCGCCCCUCUAAUUUCUCGACCGCGCCCUCAUCCCGCCACUCCCACAAACUCGCUGCUUGUCAAAUCGCCUGUACACACACUC